AUGGCACCCACACUAAGGCCGACUGCCGCAGUGGCAGCUUUGAUAUGGCUCCAGCUUGCAGCCGCCCAGCAGCCCGGUACUAUAACGCCCGAAGUUCAUCCGCAGCUCACAACCUCGAAGUGCACCACCACAGGAGGUUGCGUGGAGCAGAACACAUCGGUAGUGCUUGACUGGAACUACCGUUGGAUACACACAGCAGACUACGCAUCGUGCACGACCUCGACCGGCAUCAACUCGACGCUCUGCCCAGACCAGGCAACCUGCAGCCAGAACUGCCUCAUCGAGGGUGCCAACUACACAGCGGCUGGCAUCGUCGCUUCGGGCUCAUCCAUGACGUUGUCCCAAUACGUGCCCUCCGAAUCCGGGCUCUCCAGCGUCUCGCCACGGGUCUACCUCCUCGACAACGACAACAGCGACUACGUCUCAUUCCAGCUGCUCGGCCAAGAGCUCACCUUCGACGUGGACCUGUCGACGCUGCCCUGCGGCCAGAACGGCGCGCUCUACCUCUCCGAGAUGGACAUCUCGGGCGGCCGGAGCGACCUGAACACGGGUGCCGCAAACUACGGCGCGGGAUACUGCGACGCCCAGUGCCCCGUCCAGACGUGGAAGAACGGCACGCUCAACACGGACAAGUCAGGCUUCUGCUGCAACGAGAUGGACAUCCUCGAGUCGAACCGCGUCGCCGCCGCCUUCACGCCGCACCCCUGCGCCGACGACGCCUCCAACUGCGACAAGGGCGGCUGCGGCUUCAACCCGUACAACCAGGGCUACCACGACUACUGGGCGCCAGGCGGCACGGUGGACACGACCAAGCCCUUCACGGUGGUCACGCAGUUCAUCACGGACGACGGGACGACGUCGGGCACCCUCAGCGAGAUCCGGCGCAUCUACCAGCAGGGCAGCGUGACCGUGCCGAGCGCCAUCUCCGCGCCGGGCGGCGACAGCGUCAACUCGACGUGGUGCGCGGCCGUCGACGGCAGCGCCGAGCAGUUCGGCAGCCUGGACACCAUGGGCAAGGCCCUCGGCCGCGGCAUGGUGCUGGCCUUUAGCAUGUGGAACGACAACGGGCAGUUUAUGAACUGGCUUGAUAGCGGUGCAAACGGGCCGUGUAAUGCCACCGAGGGCGAUCCCGCCCUGAUACAGCAGAACGCGCCGGGCACGCAUGUGGUGUUUGGCAACAUCAAGUGGGGGGAUAUCGGGUCGACGUUCUCGAGCAACUCGACUUCCUCCAAGCUCAGGAGGGGCCAGCUGAGGUACUAG